AUGCCUUUGGGUUGGGAAAGAAUUAACGUCAAACGUACACAACCAAAUAACAAUAUCGUAUUCAUCAAACCCCUCACUGGUGAAGAUAAAUACAAAUCACAAGAGUUUCUCGAGCGGAUCGCUGCACAAUGUACCCCAAUAAUGAACAAACAUCAUCUUUCCGUCGCUUCUCUAGAAGAAUUUCCUCCUAACUUGGAAUUCUGGGGUCGCAAUUUCAAUAAUGGAGAAGUAAUACAACUUGUUCUUAAAUCACCCACAACGGGAAGAUGGCUCCCAUUCAAAUUCGUACAAAUGGUUAUGAUGCAUGAGCUGGCGCAUUGUAAACAAAUGAAUCAUUCGGGGGCGUUUUGGAAAGUUAGAAAUGAAUAUUCGGUGGAGAUGAAGGGGCUUUGGGAGAGGGGAUAUACAGGUGAUGGACUUUGGGGGCAAGGAGUCUUGUUGAAAAAUGGUGCUUUUAUGGGAGAUCAACUGGGUGAGGGGGAGGUAUUGCCGGAGCAUUUGUGUGGUGGGACGUUUAAGUCAAGAGGAGGGGGGAAGAAAAGGAAGGCACGUCCGAAGAUUACAUACAAGGAGCAAAAGGAGAGGAGAAUCAGGAAGAAAUUUGGUGUUAAUGGAGUGGCGUUGGGAGAAGACCUCGCCACCAAAACCGUUCUCGAAAAAGGCAAAACCAAUCUCUCCAAACCCAAAGUAGCCGGUAGCAAAAGAGGCCGAGAUCUCCGCGCCGCAGCAGCAUUAGCUCGUUUCGAAGUCAAGAAAGAAGAGCCCGACAUCAAAGACGAAGAUCUAGUAUCCGAUAGCGAAGCAGAAAGUGUUGUCGAAGACGAAAUAUACAUCAAACCUGAGCCAGAUGACGCGCUUGAUAUUGAUGGAAGUAGACUUCUGGAUAAAAAGGGGAGGGGAAUGGUAAAAGUGUGUGAGGAUGAAGAUGGGGAUGAUGAGGGUGCUAAGAGGGAGUUUGAGGAAUUGAGGGGAAUGGAGAGUAUUGAGAGGUAUUUCAGACCGGAUGGACCGUCAAAGGCUAAGAAGGAAUCGGAAAAAAUGGUGGUACCCAAUGGAAUUGCGUCAUCAAAGUCACAUAAGCCAGCUCAAAGUAAUAGUAUCGAGAAAAACACCUCCACCCCCACCCCAAAAACCACCUCGAUCAAAAAACCACCCAUCGCCUCACUCCCUCCAUCCAAACCAACAUCCAAACCAACACCCGCACCCGCACCCCUCACAUGCCCCAUCUGCUCCCUGGAUAACCCUCCCCUUUCUCUCACCUGCACUAUGUGCGCCAAUGUUCUACGUCCAGAAUUUGUGAGUGGUUCGUGGGAAUGUACGGGCUUUGAUUGUGCAGGGGGUGGAGAGGGUGGAGAGGGUAGAGAGGGUAGAGGGGGUGGGUAUGUUAAUGCGGGAGAUGUGACUUUUUGUGGGGUUUGUGGGGGGAGGAGGGAAGGGUGA